ACUGUGUGGGUUUUUGAAAUUGGCUUCCCCAUGGGUAGACAUCUCACUGCUCUGGUGUUAGCCUCCUGCCUGAUCUUGAGUGUCUCCAGCCAGACAGCCAACAGCUUCAAAGACAGCACCAUAGCUUUGGAGAUUCUGGGAGAUGAUCCAACUUUCAAAAUUAUCCAAGCAGGCAUCUUCCCAGAUCAUAGAAUCCCCUCCAACAAGUCAAAGGACUUUCCUGGGGAUGCCAUCCCACAAGCUCCACUACCAGUCAUGUGUACGAAGCCAACAGAAAUCCGGGAAGCCUUCAAGUACAUCAACACAUUUGUCUCUUGUACAAUCUUCAUGGUGGGUAUCAUUGGAAAUUCCACCCUGCUAAGGAUCAUCUAUAAGAAUAAGUGCAUGAGAAACGGACCCAACGUCCUCAUUGCCAGCCUUGCUCUUGGAGACCUCUUCUACAUCCUCAUUGCUUUGCCCAUUAAUGUCUAUAAGCUUCUUGCAGAAGACUGGCCUUUCGGGGUGCAGGUCUGUAAAUUGGUUCCAUUCAUACAGAAGGCCUCUGUUGGCAUCACCGUCCUCAGCCUUUGUGCUCUCAGUAUCGAUCGGUACCGAGCUGUGGCUUCCUGGAGCCGUAUCCAGGGCGUUGGGAUCCCUAUGUGGAAGGCAGUUGAAGUGACUUUCAUUUGGGCCAUGGCCAUCAUCCUGGCUAUCCCGGAAGCCAUUGCCUUUGACUUGGUGAAACUGGAUUACCGUGAACAGACUCAUUGGGUUUGCUUCCUGGCCCCCGAGCAAAAAUCCAGCUUUAUGGUGUUUUACAAGGACGUGAAAGACUGGUGGCUCUUUGGAUUUUACUUCUGCCUGCCUUUGGCCUGCACUGGGGUCUUCUACUCCCUCAUGUCUUGCGAGAUGUUAAGCAAGAGCAACGGCAUGCGGCUGGCCCUCAAUGAUCACAUGAAGCGGCGCCGGGAAGUGGCCAAAACCGUCUUCUGUCUAGUGGUGAUCUUUGCCCUCUGCUGGCUUCCUCUUCAUCUCAGUAGGAUCCUCAAGAAGACCAUCUAUAACCAACAAGAUGCUGAUAGAUGUGAGCUGCUUAGUUUCCUUCUGGUGAUGGAUUAUUUUGGAAUUAACAUGGCCUCUCUCAAUUCCUGCAUCAACCCCGUGGCUCUCUAUUUUGUUAGCCGGAAAUUCAAGAACUGCUUUCAGUCCUGCCUUUGUUGCUGGUGCCAACGGCCAGCCCUUGGCAUCCUCCCAACAGACGACAAGGGAUCUGUGGGAAAAUGGAAAGCCAACGGGCAGGAGCUCGACCGGAGCAGUUCCCACCUGAGCAAUAAGUGCAGUUCGACUUAG